AUGGCGUGGGCGUCACGAUGUGCGCACUGGGUCCAUUGCUGCCAGCCAGCCAGGGCUUCUAUCAGGAGAUUGCCCGGCAGCUUGGGCCUCGCGGGCCAGGGCAGAUGCUUGCAGACAACCCUGCAGAGAACAAAACAGGCCUGGCAGCCCAUCAUGGUGCAGAGGGCCUUCAGCAGCUCCAUUCCAGAGCCACAAGGCCUUGACCAGCCAGGGCCGCCCCCCGUGCACCCGUUCUUCAUGGAGGUUCUCAGAGGUAUGGGACAGGUUGUCUUCUGCAAUAGUGCGCUUUCCGGCGCGGCCAUUGCAGGCGGACUGCUGAUCGGAGAUGCAGAGCUGGGCGUCACGGCACUUGCGGGCGUCACCGCUGCCACCCUCACGGCGCGUGCUGCGUCAGUGGAUCAUCAAGCGAUAUCGGAUGGACUGAUGGGCUACAAUGGGGCUCUGGUUGGAUGUGCUCUCGCCGUCUUCCAGCCUGGUAUCCCGCUGUGGACUGCCAUAGCUGGAACCAUAGGGUGCACGCCUCAGCUCUGCACCUCCCUGGCUAUGGUUGGGCUCACAGCUGCCGGAGCCGCAGCCACGGUGCCCCUCGCAGCGAAGCUGGGCCCUUUGCUCGCCCCAGUGCCGCAGUAUACCAUCGCCUUUAAUGCCAUCGUCUUGGCUGUACUGGCCGGAUUUACAUUGAUGCUUCCGCCAAAGACGAAGACGAGUCCGGAGCCGCCAGCGAGAGGAUCUGUUGUGGGAUUUCUUUUUCGCUCAGGAGCGAUUCCAGACAUGAUCGAGGCAUCUCUUCAUGGGGUGUCUCAGAUCUUUGUCGCCAAUCAUGCCGGCACAGGACUGAUGGUACUUGGGGGGAUUUUCUGCUACAGCCCUGCGGCAGCUGCAGUGACUUUUGCAGGGUCCCUGCUCGGCAGUCUGACAGCAAUCCUCUUGCGACAGGAUGUCGAUGAAGUGAUGGAUGGACUCUGGGGCUACAACUCGGCCUUGACAGCCCUUGCUGUCUCGAUCUUUUUCGUGCCGCUGGGCGUGCCCUUCGCCAUGCUGGCUUGUGGAGGUGCUAUGGCAUCAACCCUGGCUACCAUUGGGUUCAAGGAGGCGCUGGGGAGUCAGGCUGCUUUCUGCUCGGAGGUCGUGUUCCGGGUCUGGUUCAUGCAGCCCGUCGGUAGCCUGGGCACUGGCGCCUCCGUGCGAGUGGAGGGCGAGGUUGUGGAGUCGCCUGCCAAGGGCCAAGAGGUAGAAAUCUCCUGCAGCACGGCGGAGCACAGCAUAGAAAUUCUUGGGACCGUUGACUCCAAGGCCUACCCAUUGUCCAAGAAGAAACAUAGCAUCGAGUUUCUCCGGGAAAUUGCGCACCUGCGGCCGAGGUCAAACCUCAUUGGGGCAGUCAGCCGCGUCCGCAACAACCUGGCAAUGAGUACACACCGUUUUUUCCAAGACAGGGGGUUCUUGUAUGUGCAUACCCCCAUCAUCACCACGGCAGAUUGCGAGGGAGCCGGCGAGAUGUUCCGCAUCACUGCUGAGAAGGGAGAAGACGUGGUGGACAGCAAGGCAGAGAAGGAAGGCGCAGAGUUCUUCGGUCGGGCAGCAUAUCUCACGGUCAGCGGGCAGCUGGCAGUGGAAAACUUCUGCUGUGGGCUGGGUGAUGUUUACACCUUCGGCCCUACUUUUCGUGCCGAGAAUUCCAGCACCACCAGGCAUUUAGCCGAGUUCUGGAUGAUCGAGCCAGAGAUAGCCUUCGCCAACUUGGAGGAUGACAUGGACUGUGCAGAGGCUUUCAUCAGGUUCUGCGUCUCCAAUGUCCUGGAGUCCUGCAAGUCUGAUGUGGACUUCUUCAACCUUCGCGUAGACAAAGAGAUCCAGGAGAGACUGCAGUUGAUUGCUUCCAAGCCCUUUGCCCGCAUGAGCUACACGGAGGCGGUGGAGGUUCUCCAGAAGCACAUCCAAGCUGGGGAUGUGAAGUUCGAGUUCGAGGUCGAAUGGGGCAAGGAGCUCCAAACGGAGCAUGAGAAGUUCCUCACGGAUGAGGUUUGCAAAGGUCCUUGCAUUGUGUACAACUAUCCGAAGGAUUGCAAGGCCUUCUACAUGAGACUCAACGAAGAUGGCAAAACAGUGGCCGCAAUGGACCUUCUGUGCCCAGGAAUUGGCGAGCUCGUAGGUGGCUCACAACGCGAGGAGCGGAUUGAGGUUCUUGAUGAGCGAAUCGCCGAGCCAAGGCCCAAGUCUAUCCCAAAUCCGUCCCAGGUCCUCAGUCACCCGAAGUACCCAGCAACGGCCCGUUGGUUUCUUUUCUCAGACAUGUCUGAACAGCUCCUCGACUCCUUGUCCGUGCCACGGUUAGGAGAGCCUGCGUUGCGCAGAACACCGCGGCAAGAAUCCAUUUUUCAUGCAUGCCCGGCAUCCCCGCUGCCGUUUGCAGCACACGGCAAGCUCUUGUCAUGGGCUGGGCGCGCUUGCUUCUUAGCGCCUGGGCAGAGAAGUGUCAAAGUGAAAUCGAGCUUCUAUUGUGCCGCCUGCUACUUCGAGCUUCUCAGCCGGCAAGAUUCCGCUUCGGCCCACUAA